AUGGCCGACGAGCGAGGCGCCAUACGCGUGGCUAACCCAGUCACCGGGGUGCACGCCGACCUGCCAGCCAUCUCCACCAUCCCGUUCCUCCACCUGGUUUUUGGCGUCAGCUGGUUCUGCCUCGACGUAGACCCCUUUCGGCAGAUCCAUUUCAGAUGCUCACCCCCAUCGGAACUCGAAGGUCGCGGCUGGCUGAGGACGUCGAUGUACAAAGCCACCCAGAUGCGGCAGGUCUUCUACCGCAAGGUCGUCCUCUCUGUGUCACCGCGCCCCGACAGCUACGCCGCCAUGCUCAUCAUGGACUGGGCCUUUGCAAUGGCGGAGGAGGAGGACCCCGUGUGGAGGAUGGCGCCCUCCCACGACGGCGUCGAGGACGCCAUACACCACGGUGGCCAUUUCUUGUCGAUCACCUACACCGGCCAUGUCGAGGCGUGGUAG